AUGAACUCUGUAGGAAUUGCUUUUUUUAUUCUUUAUACAACACCAGCAGUGUUUUGUGUAAGAUGUUACCAAUGUGCCUCAUCUCAAAACUUAUUGGAAGAUACCUGUGGCGCUUACAAGAAGUUUGAUACUGAUAGUCAUAUUGCAGUGGAGUGUAACAGUGAUGAAUCUAAUAUGCCAGGUUCUUUUUGUAUGAAACUUACACAACAAGGACCUAAAGGAUUUAUAUGGGAUGGACGUUGGCGUCAAGUUGUAAGGCGUUGUGCAUCAGUUGCAGAGACAGGUGUUACAGGAGUUUGUAACUGGGGUGUUUAUGAGAAUGGAGUCUAUUGGGAAGAAUGUUAUUGUUCAAAUGAUGAAUGCAAUCAUGCUGCCUCUUUAAAUGUUCAUGAUAAAGAAUCUUUUAGC